CAGGAAAGAGCGCUAGGUACAGUCGGUCGACGCAAGAGGAGGCAGAGAUCGAAACCGACCGUAGCUCGGCGAUCCGUCCGAGACCUUUCCUCUCCUGUUUUUAUCUUGAGCCAGGAAUUCGCUGGUCGUUGGUAGCUGGAAAAUGGGCCAAGCUGCAGGGCUAUUGGCUCUUGUCUCUGCUCUAGCAUGCGCCUCAAGAUCGCCAGAGGGUGCCAGACCAGAAUGCUGGUGUACGCGCCAGGUACUCGGAGCAACCUUGCUAGUCCCCAAGUCCACGGGACAGACACCGGAUCUGGUGCAUCUGUGUCAUCACGAGGAGUGCAUUGUCGAUCCCAUCCGGCUCCACGAUACAUACGCAAGGGGCGCAUGUAGGGCUGCAAUCUCUGGUAAAAGGCGAUACCUCCCUAGCCAACCCCACCCACCCACUACGGAAACGCCCAAGGGUCGAUCAAAGUUUAGGAACUGGUGGAAGCCAGAACCAAAAGUUGUAACCCAUCGGGCGUGAACCCGUCCCGAGUUUCCGGAGUUUUUUGGUGCCAACUUAUUGCACAAUUACGUUCCCAUGUUGAGUGAAGGCAGGGGCUAUGGAUGGGCCGUAUGGGCUGCCUGACAGUAUGGGCAAUGGUACCGCCCGGCACCGUCGAGCGAUGGGCUGGACAGGACGGAGAGCGAUGGAGAGACAUGCCAAGUGAGGAGGGUUGCGGUGCUCGCUCAAUGGCAGCUAGCUGCAUUCGACCCUACGUCGGCCCUCUGCCGCCUGCCGGGCGGUACCCUGUCCGGAAUGCAG